CACAAUCUUUGCCGCAACCGCUUUGUUCGUACAAAAGACCGUCACCAUCCGCCUAGCCUUCUUCUUGCCCACCUCCUCUACUCACCUUGCUCUACGCCUCUCAUUCGUCAUUUGAUCUUUUUUCUUCCCUCAAAUCAAGGCGCGCGAAAUACUUUCCUCGUUGGGACCGCACUAAUCUUUCAAUAUAUUCUCCCUUUUCUUUGUGUUUAACGUCGUUACCAGAGUAAUCGCGCUCGCUAUACAUCGGAAAAUUUCUUGGAUUCGUCUCCGUCGUCCGUCAUGCCAAUCAACCUGCUGCCUGCUUCCGCGGUACCCUUUGCACCCCGAUCUGCGCCGACCGUAGUUCUCAACUCCAAGGUCGAGCCAUGGCUAACGCAGACCCUGAAGAGGAUAAACCGGAUCAAGCGCCCGCUCAACAGCGUUCCACAGCACUACCGAUGCCUGACUGAGACGUUGUCCGGUCCGGCUGCUAUCUGGACGCUGUGCUCCAUCAUGCUACCCAAGAAACCAGACUCUGAGCUUGUUAAGGACUCCAACCCGCUGGUCGAGGCUAUGUUCAACUAUCAGCUUAUUCAUGUCGAGGCGUACGUAGUACACGUUGACAUGGUCUCUAACCAUGAGGUAGCAUUCAAGCUCACGACGGACUCUAUUGAUGACCUCGUCAAGUAUCACAAGGACAUCUACUCCGUUGAUGUGUCGGCAAGCACCUGGAGCUGGGCAGAGAAGGAAGUACAGUUGAAGAAGCUCCACGAGGAAUUCGUUCAGGCCAUCAACAAGUUCGUUUUUCGCGCGCCCAUACGUGCACUCGAAGGUCUCGAGGAGGACGGUGCAGGCGAACUGCUCGACGGCCGUAGCGAGGACGUAAAGAACUCAAUUCUGCAGCUCUUCGUCCCCCUGCUACCACCUCCGCCAAGAAUAGUAGACGUUGUGCGCCCGGCACCGCUUCUUCCAAGCUCAAGUGGUCAUGCCGCGCAGUGGUGGCCACAGUCACAGGUGUUACCCCCAGCGCCCCAGCCGGUUGAGUCGUGGAAAGUGUUACCGUCGACGCCCAGCCCUACUGUCACAACCUGCUCUGAAGGCCAACAGUUUUGGCCGACCAUGAGCAUGCAAGAAGUUCAGCAGCUACCAUCACCCACACCUUCCAUUAGCCAGCCGUACUGCUCAAAUGGUGACUAUUACACCCCUCCACCUCAGUCGACCGCGUCGCCCGAGACCAUUCCUUUCACGACAGCCUCACUUGCAAGUCUGCCCUUGCCCAGCACGCUGAUGUCGCAUCAGCACUGUGGUGCAUCAGCUGCUGGCAACACGUUCGGCGGCGGCUUUGCUUGGAGCUACAACGACUUUUCGCCACAGUACGCUGCGACGAUGUGAACACCGCUACUGGCACACGGCCAAAGAAAAGCACUCGAGCAUUCUUCUCCAAGAUACCCACACUUUCUGUAAUACACCUCUCCGCAGGCUGGCGUGCAUGCAUCAAGACCGAGACGAGCAUUAUGCGAUGUUGUAUGAUUGAUGUCAAUCCUCCACAUCAUAUCGAUUGCAUCUGGGAAGGCGUUUCCAUUGAAUCUUCUUCACGAAGUCCAUCUCUAUCGGCGCGGAGAGAUAACUAUCAAGUACUCCGGCUGCUUAAGGACUGGAAACUUUUUUUUCCUUAUGUUGACUGAUUUGUCAUCUUAGCGAGCGUGUUUUGUGCUUCUUGAAUUCCGUUUCAUUGCGAUUUACUACCGAGCACUUGUCAUGGGUCGUUCGCUGUAUACAGCACGGCUACAUACACAUUAGAUGAACAGCCUCACGGCACGGACGCAGGGCGGACACAUUUGAACUUCACUUCACUUCCGACUCUUAUUACAUUGUAAUAGUCGCUACUGUCUUGAUGAGAGGCUGCGGAAGAGGUAGUGGAGAACAGCAUUCUGGAAGCAUGGACGGAAAGACCAGAUUACGACGGAGUGAACGGCCCCUUGUUGCCUGCUCUUCUGGCUUCUCGUAUCCACCGGACUAAGUAUCCUAUCUCGACCGAUACGUUACUCUGAUCUACUUGGGCGUUGGCUCUGCUCAUACUGUGUAUCCUUCUGUGCUCUCUCUGCAUGCAGGAGAACUAGACUGGGAACAGGAUUACACGAGCGUUUAUGUGGGCCACCCUGAGGGAUAGUCGACUUUAUUUUUGUCAUGAAACACUGUACACAAUUGCAUCCGCGAUGCCGUGUACUGUUUCUCUGCACGCCUCUUUUUUUUCUCCGUUGCAACCCUCGACACGACAAGCAGGCCUGGAGCGCUUGGGUGCGCGAAUUCCAAAUCUUUUGUUUUCCCAACCUGCGGAACGGGUCAUUGCAUGGCAUCACGGGAAGGGGUGGGAAAGUAUUCAAGGGCACGACGUCUUCAACCGUAGCACUGACGGGUACAGUCUGCAUGCAGAUAUUCCCAAACGGACUAUCCUUGGCGAUGUCGUUCGCGUUUUGAUGGGAUCUUGGGAAGUCGCGCACACAUCGACACUGGAGCACUUUUCGGUCUGGGGCGUUGCCACGGGUAAACUUGGGGUGUGUGGAUUAAAAGGGUCACCACCUAGAAUUCGGUGCUGGGCGGGGGGGAGAAGCUGUGCUUUUCCACCACGGUGGCGGGCUGGUCUUGCCGAUGCUCUCAUCUAUGUUUGUUGAUAGAGGUGACCUGGCGUCGCCUCGGAGAUGACUGGAUGUAUGCUAGUAAAUCUAAUAUACACUCAUUUGAAUUG